CACUCGACUCAUUCGCUAGCAUUUUAGACUCUCGUCUCUUUUAAUUUCAUUUCAUAAAUCUCUUCCAUUUGCAAACCCUAGCAAUUUCUGUUCGUUGAAUCUCAUAAAAUUUAAGAGUAAUCUGCAAUUCACCCAACCAUGGUUCCGUUCUCCUCCAAGCUUUCCGGUCAGAUUAGGUUUCUGCUGCAGAAUUUGAACGAUUCCAACUCCGAUUCGGUUUUCCAAGAACUAUGCAAGUGUACAAUGCAUGGAAUGGUGGGUAGCAUAUCACUGCUCCAAGCCUGUUUCGACCACCUCAAUAUUUAUUCCAGGGAUUUGAAGGAUAUGAAGCUGCAACCGAUAUUUGCUUCAAUAUUCAAACAUUUCUUGGAUAAACCUAACUUUAGUUCAAUAUUAAGUGAGUCACUGCAGACUAAAGCCAUCAAUGAAGAACUACUGCAGAAUCUUUCUGAUGCUUUACACUUGUCGGUACCUGAGAAAAUUGGAGUUGGCCUUGCUUUGUCUGAUGCUGAAGAUCAUGAUACCAGGAUGUGCGGAACAAAUUUCUGCAUGAGUCAGAUUACAGAGUUGUGUGCCAAUCCUGUUGCAUUGGAGUCUACUGAGCUAAUUCAGCAUAUUCUUGUGCUGCUUAGUCGAUCUGAAGGCCUCUCCAAGCAUGUAGAUUCGUUCAUGCAAAUGUUAUCUCUUGUGCAACUGAAGGAUGGGGCACAAUUUGUCAUCACACCUUUUCUUCACGAUGAACUACAUGGAGAUAACUUCUUCAGACACUUAGAGUUGUUGAAUGAGGGGGGUGAAGAUGAUUUUGAUGCCAUUCUAGCAGAAAUGGAGAAAGAAAUUAGCAUGGCUGAUGUGAUGUGUGAGCUAGGAUAUGGAUGCACUGCCAAUGUGGCUCAAUGCAAAGAAAUGUUGUCUCUUUUCUUACCGCUUACCGAUGCCACAGUUGCAAAGAUACUUGGUACGAUUGCCAGAACUUAUGCAGGUCUCGAUGACAGCCAAAAUGUCUUUGCUACAUUUCGCUCUGCCCUUGGUGGUAAUGGUGUCCCGGAUGUGCCAUCUUUGAAUUCUUGGAAUGUUGAUGUCCUUGUAGAUUCACUCAAGCAGCUUGCUCUGGGAACUAACUGGAUUAAUGUCAUGGAGAAGCUGGAUCAUGAGGGAUUUUAUAUCCCUAAUGAAGCAGCAUUCUUAUUUUUCAUGUCUGUCUACAAGCAUGCCUGCCAGGAACCAUUCCCUCUCCAUGCUAUUUGUGGAUCUGUCUGGAAGAAUGUUGAGGGUCAGCUAUCUUUUCUAAAAUAUGCAGUCUCUGCGUCUCCUGAAGUGUUUACAUUUGCUCAUUCUGAAAGGCAGCUGUCCUAUGAUGACACCGUGCUUGGACAUACAUUGCAGUCUGGACCAAAUCGUGCUUGGUCAUGUCAUGACCUGCUGGUGGUUCUGUGUCAGCUAUCAGAGAUGGGCCAUGCAAGUUUCGUGAGAUCUGUCCUUGAAUUUCCUCUUAAUAACUUCCCAGAACUGUUGCUUCUUGGGAUGGCCAAUGUUAAUACUGCGUAUAAUCUCAUUCAGAACGAGGUGGCAUCUGCUGUGCUCCCAAUGGCUCUUAAAAGUUCUUCUGCAAGUGGUUUAUUGUACACUCUGUGGCAUGUUAAUCCAAACAUGUUGCUACGUGGACUUAUAGAUACUGUGAAUCUUGAUCCAGACAGUAUCUCUAGGAUUGUGGAUGCUUGCCAGGAAAUAAAGGUUUUUUCCCAAGUACUAGAUAUGUUUCCUUUUUACUUUGGCAUUCGCUUGGCUGUACUUGCAUCUAAGAAAGGCAUCAUGGACCUUGACAGCUGGUUGACCACUCAAUUAGUGUCAAGUAAAGAUGCUUUCUAUGAGGAAUGCAUCAAGUUUCUGAAGGAUGUUCAGAUUGGAGAUCAGGACAUUUCUCCUAAUCACUUCCAACCUUCUGUUCCUCUUUUGAAUAUUUAUUUAGAAGCUUGUUCCACGAUCUUAAAGGUACUUCAGUCUCAUGCUGGUGUGCUUUCUUCUAAUCACUUAUCUGAGGAAAUUGAGAAAUUGGAUCUCUCUCAUAUGCGUGCUACUUCAAGAAUGAGAAGUGCUGGGGGUUCUGAUGCCGCUGCUGAUAGUUAUGCUGAUGACAUUGAAACAGAAGCAAACUCAUACUUCCAUCAAAUGUUUUCUGGUCAUCUGUCUAUUGAUGCUAUGAUUCAAAUGCUCACUCGAUUCAAGGAAUCUUCAGACAAAAGGGAACAGUCUAUAUAUGAGUGCAUGAUCGCUAACUUAUUUGAGGAAUACAAAUUUUUCUCAAAGUACCCUGAAAGGCAGCUGAGGGUGGCAGCAGUUCUUUUUGGGUCACUCAUUAAACAUCAACUCGUGACUCACCUUACACUUGGUAUCGCUUUACGAGCUGUUUUAGAUGCUUUGAGGAAGCCUACAGAUUCAAAAAUGUUCUCCUUUGGGACUAAGGCAUUGGAGCAGUUUGUGGACCGUAUGAUUGAGUGGCCACAGUACUGCAAUCAUAUCCUGCAAAUAUCUCAUUUGCGUGCAGCUCAUUCAGAACUUGUAGCAUUUAUAGAGAGGGCACUUAACAGGAUCUCAGCUGCUCAUAGUGAACCUGAUGUUGUCCAUAGUGCCAUUACUGAUCACCAUCAUGGUCUUAUUCAAUCUUCUGCUCCAAAUCUGGAGAUUGCAGGCUCGCCAUUUUCUCUCAUUGGACCAGUCAGCACACAGUCUGGAUUACCAGUUUCCUCUUCGAUCCCACUACCACAGAGACCACCAAGUUCUCUAGAUGAGAGGAGGCCCCCUGUGACUCUUUCUAAUUACAUGAAACCAGCGCAAUCAUCUGCUGUGCAGCCUGUUAUUGCUCCUUCGAGUGAUACACCUAUGCUUCAGAAGUCACACAGUGGAGCUGUGCUGUCAAUACAAUCUGCGUCACCAGGUUUUCCACGAUCAUCUAGAUCAACCUCAGCAAGGUUUGGCUCUGCCUUAAACAUUGAGACCUUGGUUGCUGCAGCUGAGAGAAGAGAAACUCCCAUAGAGGCUCCAGCAUCAGAAGCUCAGGACAAGAUUUCUUUUAUUAUAAAUAACUUGUCUGCUGCAAAUGUUGAUGCUAAAGCGAAAGAAUUCAGCGAAAUUCUAAAUCCACAAUACUAUCCCUGGUUUGCACAGUAUAUGGUUAUGAAGAGGGCAAGCAUUGAAACAAAUUUUCAUGAUUUGUACUUGAAGUUUCUUGAUAAAGUAAAUUUGAAACCUUUGAACAGAGAGAUUAUACAAGCCACUUAUGAAAACUGCAAGGUUCUCUUGGGAUCCGAUCUUAUAAAGUCUAGUGUGGAAGAACGAUCACUGCUGAAAAAUUUAGGAAGCUGGCUUGGGAAGAUUACAAUCGGCAAAAAUCAAGUUCUAAGGGCGCGGGAGAUAGAUCCAAAAUCUCUGAUUAUAGAGGCAUAUGUAAAGGGACUCAUGAUAGCUGUCAUUCCUUUUACCUCAAAGAUUCUGGAACCCUGUUCGAACAGUAUUGCAUAUCAGCCUCCUAACCCGUGGACAAUGGGAAUUCUUGGGUUGCUUGCUGAGAUUUAUGCAAUGCCAAAUUUGAAGAUGAAUCUCAAAUUUGAGAUUGAGGUCCUGUUUAAGCAUUUAAGUGUUGACCUUAAGGAUGUCACACCUACUUCUCUUCUGAAGGACAGAGUCCGAGAAGUUGAAGGUAAUCCUGAUUUCUCGAAUAAGGAUGUUGGAUCUUCACAACCACCAAUAAUGAAUGAAGUGAAAUCUGGAAUAAUACCAACACUGAACCAAGUUGAGAUGCCCCUUGAUGUUGCUACCUCUCCCCAUCCUGGUGGCCACUCUCGUAUAAUGUCUCAGUAUGCUGCACCUCUCCAUCAUUCAUCUGGAACUUUGACGGAGGAUGAGAAGCUAGUUAGCUUGGGCUUUUCUGACCAGCUUCCUUCUGCUCAAGGCCUUCUACAAGGACAGACACAAUAUGCAGUUAACCAGGUUCCUGUACCGGCAGCUAAUAUUGAACAACAAGUUGUUGUUAAUAAAAAGCUUCAGGCUUAUGGCUUACACUUGCAUUUCCAGAGUGUACUUCCAAUUGCCAUGGAUAGAGCUGUUAAAGAAAUAGUGUCCAGUAUUGUGCAACGUAGUGUUUCUAUUGCGACUCAGACAACUAAGGAACUUGUCUUGAAGCAGGACUAUGCCAUGGAGCCCGAUGAGACCCUUAUACGAAAUGCAGCACAUUUGAUGGUAGCAAGGUUGGCGGGAAGUCUUGCUCACGUAACCUGCAAGGAACCUUUACGUGGUUCAAUAUCAAGCCAGCUUAGAAGCUCUCUUCAGGGAUUGACCAUAACAAGUGAUCUUCUAGAACAAGCAGUUCAACUGGUGACUAAUGAUAAUCUGGACCUAGGCUGUGUUUUAAUUGAACAAGCUGCAACUGAGAAGGCAGUUCAAACCAUUGAUGGGGACAUAGCUCAACAGCUUUCUAUUAGGAGAAAGCAUAGAGAAAGUGUUGGUGCCACAUUUUUUGAUGCUAGCCUUUAUGCACAAGGUCAAAUGGGCGUUUUACCGGAGGCCCUUCGUCCUAAACCAGGCCACCUAUCCCAUUCACAGCAGCGAGUUUAUGAGGAUUUUGCUCGGUUUCCAGGGCAGAAUCGAUCCACCCAAAGCUCUAAUGCAGUUCCAGUUGGCCCCUCUGCUUCAUCAGGAGGUGGUGGAUUGUCACGGCAAUUUGCAUCUACAUCUGGCCAAAUCAGUGGUAGCAUUUACUCGUCUGGCCUUGUUAGCACUGGAAUUGGUGCUGUGCCCCAGACAUUGGAAAUUGGCUCUGACGAGAUAGAACCUGUUGGAUCCCAUAUUCCUCCAAGUGUUCCGUCAACUCACAUUUCAAUUGGUGAUGGUCCACAAACUCCUGAAAAUGACACCAGUCCUUCAUUCCCUCCUACUUCGACCACUGAUCUGCAAUUGAUGGAACCUUCUAGCUCUGCAAAAGAACCCGGAAAUGCUGCACAGCCUACUAAUGCAACUCUGUCUUCCGAGCGUCCUGGAACUAAUGUCUCAGAGCCUUUGAUAACCACUGGUGAUGCACUGGAUAAGUACCAGACUAUCUCAGAGAAGCUUGAAAAUCAGUUGGCUAAUGAAGCGAGAGAGGUUGAGAUUCAGGCAGUUAUUGCCGAGGUUCCUGCAGUCAUCCUUAGGUGCAUCAGCCGAGAUGAGGCAGCCUUGGCUGUGGCUCAGAAGGCUUUUAAGGGUUUGUACGAAAAUGCAUCAAACAGUGCACAUGUCGAUGCUCACCUGGCAAUCCUGUCUGCUAUACGUGAUGUCAGCAAGCUUGUGGUUAAGGAGCUCACUAGUUGGGUGAUAUACUCUGAGGAGGAUAGGAAAUUCAAUAGAGAUAUCACGAUAGGUCUUAUUCGCAGCGAGUUAUUGAACCUUGGGGAGUAUAAUGUUCACAUGGCGAAGCUUCUUGAUGCUGGGAGAAACAAGGCCGCAACUGAAUUUGCCAUUUCUCUCAUACAAACUUUGGUUAUGAAUGAUUCUAAAGUGAUAUCGGAGCUUCACAAUCUUGUUGAUGCUCUGGCAAAGCUUGCUGCAAGACCUGGAUCCCCAGAGUCAUUACAACAGCUGAUUGAAAUAGCUAAGAACCCUGCUAAUGCUGGCAAUUUGUCUCCUUUGGCUGUUGGUAAAGAAGAAAUUGCACGAACCCCUAGGGACAAAAAGUCGGUGGAACAGGCCACUGGGCUUCCUGGAACAAGCAGGGAAGAGUUCAAUGUGACGGACUUGGUGGAUUUUGAUCCUGCAGGUUUCUCUGAACAGGUAUCUGUGUUGUUUGCUGAAUGGUACCAAAUAUGUGAACUUCCCGGACCAAAUGAUGUGGCUUGUGCUCGCCAUGUCUCACUCUUGCAACAGAGAGGGCUGCUUAAAGGUGAUGAGACGACGGACCGGUUUUUCCGCAGGAUUAUGGAACUCUCUGUAUCACAUUGUCUAUCAUCGGAGGUUAUUAAUUCUAGCUCUUCCCCUUCAACCCAAGGGCAGCCACUUUCAUUCCUUGCUAUUGAUAUAUAUGCAAAGUUAGUUUUCUCAGUUCUGAAGUUUUGCCCUGUGGAUCAGGGUUCCAGUAAACUUUCGCUUCUGCCCAAGGUUCUUGCUGUUACGGUGAAAUUUAUUCUAAAAGAUGCUGAGGAGAGAAAGGCUUCAUUUAAUCCGAGGCCGUACUUUAGAUUGUUUGUUAAUUGGCUGCUUGAUUUGUGUUCGUUGGACCCAGUAUUUGAAGGUGCAAAUUUUCAGGUAUUGACUGCUUUGGCAAAUGCCUUCCAUGCAAUUCAGCCUCUCAAGGUCCCAGGGUUCAGCUUUGCAUGGCUGGAGUUGGUUAGUCAUAGAAGUUUUAUGCCAAAGUUGCUCACUGCAAAUGCACAAAAAGGGUGGCCGUAUUUUCAGAGAUUACUGGUGGACUUGUUCCAGUUCAUGGAACCAUUCCUGAGGAAUGCUGAACUUGGGGAACCGGUGCAAUUUCUAUACAAAGGGACACUCCGAGUGUUGUUGGUGCUUCUUCAUGAUUUCCCGGAGUUCCUUUGUGAUUAUCAUUUCAGCUUUUGUGAUGUCAUCCCCCCGAGCUGCAUACAAAUGCGAAAUAUAAUCCUUAGUGCAUUUCCUCGCAAUAUGAGGCUUCCGGAUCCUUCUACUCCCAACUUAAAGAUUGACCUUCUGGCGGAGAUUAGUCAAUCGCCUAGAAUUCUUUCAGAGGUUGAUGCUGCUCUUAAAGCAAAGCAGAUCAAGAACGAUGUUGAUGAGUAUCUGAAGACUAGGCAACAAGGAUCCCCGUUUCUCACUGAUUUAAAGCAGAAGCUUCUACUCUCUCCAAGUGAUGCUGCACGUGCUGGGACUCGUUACAAUGUUCCUUUAGUUAACUCUCUUGUUCUUUAUGUUGGGAUGCAGGCUAUUCAGCAACUGCAAGCAAGAACUCCUCCUCACGCCCAAUCCAUGACUAAUAUGAGUGCAUUCUUGGUGAGUGCUGCUCUUGAUAUUUUCCAAACCUUGAUAAUGGAUCUCGAUACAGAGGGCCGCUAUCUGUUCCUGAACGCCGUUGCCAACCAAUUGCGUUAUCCAAACAACCACACCCAUUACUUCUCCUUUAUUCUUCUUUAUCUGUUCGCUGAAUCGAACCAGGAAAUGAUUCAGGAGCAGAUCACUAGAGUCUUAUUGGAACGUCUGAUUGUGAAUAGGCCUCACCCAUGGGGGCUUCUGAUUACAUUCAUCGAGCUAAUCAAGAAUCCGCGGUACAACUUCUGGAGUCGGUCGUUUACGAGGUGCGCACCGGAGAUCGAGAAGCUAUUUGAAUCUGUGUCGAGGUCUUGUGGAGGCCCCAAACCUGUUGACGACAGUGUAGUAUCUGGUGGUGGGAUACCGGACAACCUUCAUUGAACAUCUUGUACAUUCUCCAUUUUCCCUUUUAUGUUAUGUAGAAUAUCUCUAAUUUCUUGUCUUACUAGUACCCGUUCCCGUGCGAUAUACGGGUUACGAUAUGUUUUAUUAUUUUUAAAUGUUAAAUUAUGUAAAAAUGUUAAAUGUCUUUAUAUAUGGUAGCAAAAAAAAUUAUGUUAAUUUAA